AUGUUUGGUUUAGGUGGUACUUCACAACCUUCAAUUUCAUCAGCUCAAAAAUUAUCUGCAGCUGAAGCUGAAUUAGAUAUGGUUACAGGAAUGUUUAAUUCUUUGGUUUCACAGUGUCAUUCAAAGUGUAUAAAUAAAUCAUAUAAUGAAAGUGAUAUUACUAAAGCCGAAAGUUUAUGUUUAGAUAGAUGUGUUGCUAAAUAUUUUGAAACUAAUGUUCAAGUUGGUGAAAAUAUGCAAAAAUUGGGUCAAAGUGGUCAAUUUAUGGGUAGAAGGUAA